AUGGCUCUGCUGAGGAACACAAAGAGACACCAGAGCCAGAACAUGGACCAGUGGAAGAUUGCGGUGGUCCGAACUCCUCCCAGGUCUCCCACUGCUCUCCGUGGUCGAACGCCCCCCCUUCCAACUUACCCGAUGCCCAACCUGAAGAACAUCAAGUCCAAGGUCGGCUCAACUGAGAACAUCAAACACAAGCCGGGAGGAGGCAAGGUGCAGAUUACCCAGAAGAAAAUGGAUUUGAGUAAUGCGACUUCAAAGUGUGGCUCCAAGGAAAACAUCCACCACAAACCAGGUGGAGGGAAGGUGGAGAUCCGGUCUGAGAAGAUGGACUUCACAUCGGCUCAGUCCAAAGUCGGUUCUCUGGAGAACAUCGAUCACAUAGCAGGGGGCAGUAAGAAGAAGAUCGAGAGCCACAAACUGACCUUCAGAGAGACCGCCAAGGCCCGGACCGACCACGGAGCUGACAUCAUCAUCCAUUAUGGCUCCUCCGACUCCUCCCCACAUUGCCUUAGCAGCCAGACGUCUCCUCUUCACCUUAGCAAAGGCUCCUCGUCUGGCAGCUUGAAUGAAGCUGAAGCUCCACCACUUGACACGCUGGCUGACCAAGCCUCCGCCUCGCUUGCCAAGUCAGGCCUGUGA